AUGCUUAUGCAUGUGCUUGCGGUCUUAAUUCCAGUCGCUCCAUGUGUUGUAACUUCUGGUAACAAUCCACUUGUGGACUUGGGCGUGCUCCGGUGUCAUCGAUACAAGUUCAAGAUUAAGCAUCGUGUCAGCAGUGCUGCUCACGAAGCCUCACAAAGGGGUUUCACCAUUCGCGGCAAGGCUGUCAUUUCAGGCGGUACUGAUUGUACCUAUGAGCUCAAGUUGGAAGAUGUCGAAGCUUUUGAGGUGACAUCUGACGGCUCCCAAAUUGCCAAGCCAACUACGGCUGCCAUUCUGCAGGCCAAAAUAGCCUACUUCGGUUUCGAGGAGGGGACAGUAACUGGAUUCUGUCCUGCAGAGACAGAUGAUCCCUUCGCAUGGAAUGUGAAGGCAGCCAUUCUCUCACACCUGCAGGCAGACUUAAAGUCGUUGAAACUGCCCUCAGAAUCAGUUGAAGAAGACAUUUCAGGAAGAUGUCUGACUCGAUAUGAGGUUGUGAGUAGUGACGAAGAGGGGAUUACUUUUGAAAAACACAAGCCCACUGCUGGAUGCGCUGACAAGUACGACCUCAUCACCCGCCUUGACGGUGUUUCUGAUGAAACUCCCUCCGAGUUAUCGAAAUACAAAAUGCUGAAUGGAGAACAGGAAUGCCGAGUGUCCUUAAAAUACAACAAACCGAUCUCUGAGAUCUCUUGCAGGGAGUGGUUUGUCGUAAAUGGUCCGGUCGACUACCAGUGGAAGAAACUGAAUGACAUUGAGGUGAUAACCAGGUUGAAACUUAUUUCUUCAAAGUCGUCUGGAUCUCUUACUAUCGAUAGAUCCCAAUCCUAUGUACUCACUAGCUUACGCCACCGAGAAAGCUAUGUUGGGUCCAAACCACAUCAAAUUGUGGCAUCUGAAGGGGUGAUGCAAAUGUUGAAGGAUGUCGCUGCAGAGAAGAGGACUGCAAACGCUCGAGAUUUCCUCAUGCUUGUCGAAUACAUGCGUCGGUGCACAAGCACGAAGUUUAAUGCUUUAAAGGAGUUUUCCUACAGUGAAACAGCUCUAGGUCUGCUUUUUGAUGCCGCAGUUCAUGCGCAAACUGAAGAAUCAGUCGAAUUUCUCGAAUGGUGUCUUGGUGCGACUCACUUCACCUUCCCAGUCGGUCAUAUGAGCUUCCUUCCCAGCCCUUCUCUAAACUUUAUCAAGAAAGUUGAGCAAACCCUCUCAAAGUCAAGCCACAAAAUCCUUACAAUGGUGGCCUCAAAUCUCCUGCGAACCUACUGUAAAACACAUUCUCAAUGCGAGGAGGAAGAGGGUGUGAAAGAGGUCAUGAGAAGCCUUGAGUCGAGGGCGCUCAAUUAUUGCAAAUUUGGUCAAGCCGAAGAUUUCAGUAAGGUUCUGGAUUCCCUGAGGGCAAUCUCGAAUCUUGGAAGGGUUAGCGAUAAGUCGUCCGUGUAUCCCGCACUAGCUGGAUGUUUGAAUUCGCCUACCGAGCACGACCUGAUUAUUCGUGUAACUGCUGCUGAGGCCUUUCGUGGAUUCCCUGAAGAUUCGGACGUCGAUGAUAUCCUGUUGAGGGUCUUUACGAAUUCUGAUGAAGAUGUAGAAGUGAGAAUUCAGGCCUACCGCUCAUGGGCUCGACACCUUACUCAAGAAAAGCUCGCUCAGCUGCAUUUUCUCGAACAAGAACCUGAUAAACAGGUCACAUCCUACAUUUUGAGCCAUCUGAGUGGAAUACGCAACUCUAAUAACCGCGCCAAGCAGGAGGAAUCUCUUCUGCUAGCAAAUGUUGACACUCAACUAAUGAGGAUGGUUGAGAAUCACACGCCAAAUAUCUUUAAACAAUCCUUCUAUAAGGAAAAGCAUGUGGCAGGGAGUCAGUUUGGUGGAGGUGUGGACGCGACAGUUGUCUACGGUCCACAAGGCAUCUUACCCCGUUACGUGGAUCUCAAUUUCACUCUCGACGUCCUGGGCUACUCAGUCAACGUUCUUGAGCUUGCCUAUCACUCUGUUUACUCAGAGAGCUUAACAAACUAUCUCUACGGCUCUGGAGAUAAACAUUCCUUCAGUAGGGAGAGGAGUGGAAUAGAUGCUUUGCCUAAGGCUGCUGAGACGUAUGGUCGAUGGAGCCCGGUUGACAAUAGAUCGAGGUUGUCAGUGCGACUGUUCGGUCGCGAUCUCAGCUACAAUGAUGACAUUGAAAACCCCGAUCAGUUGGCGCGGCUCUUUGAAACACGACCCGAUUUCAUGGGAAUCAACGAGACUGUAGCAUUCUCAACAGUCGGUGGAAUUGUCGUGCAAAUCAACCAUCUACUGGCCAUACAUCAGGACAUUACGUAUUACCAUGGACUGAAUGCCAAAUACGGGAUCAAUGUUUUCUUAGACGCCGUGCGUCUGGUCGAAGUGGGACUUAACGCAAAUGAGGGGCUUCUGGGUUAUUCCACUGAAGAUGGGGUCCAAGUGAAUGUGCCGAUUAUCGUCACCAUUGACCUCCUGGAUCGGAUCAGGGAAUUGACGGGAUUUGAGGUUGGACUCUUUGGUGUGGACUCUAAAAUGACUGCAUUCAAAAUAAGCCGAUCUGUGAAGGCUAUUUCUCCAGCUGGUGAGACCUCGGCAAUUUUAUCAGGAGGGGAGUCUCAAUUACUGCGCAGCUCACCAUCCCUUCUUAAGACACUAAUUGGUCUUGACGCAAGCCUGAGUUCACUUCGAGAUCCCUCCACUGGUCUGAUCACGGGCUAUGCUGUGGAGGUGGAACGCUUCGAUGGUCUAUUCGUUAGCUUUAUCAAGGAGAAGCCGAGCUUUUCCGGUCUCUUUCAGUCAGUGAAGUUUGAGGUCAAGCGCUACAGUGUCAAAAGGUCGGGCUUCUUGGGAUCGAGGGAGCUCAUCAAGUUUAACUACUUGACUCGUGAAAUGAAGAGCGAGUGGUUCACCUUGGCCACCCUUAAAAUGCCCUGGAAUAGCACAUACAGUUGCUUAGUUAACUACAAUUCAGAGGGUGAAUUUGCUGGAGAGCUGAAUAUUGCCGGCUGGGAAGCAAAUAUCACUGGGAAUGUGAAACAAGUCGGGUCCUCCGAUCAUGAAGUCACAGCCCAGUUUAUUCGUCCCGACUUCAGUUUGUCGGUGAAUUAUCAGGUCACAGUUGGAAAGAUCUACAUCCUGGCUGCCGAAUCAACUAGCAACAUUUUACCGUUUAUAUUCAAGUCGAGUACUGAGUUCGCUACACCUACCCAAGUGAAACACACAAGUGAACUACAGUUGCCGACAUAUAAGAAGGCGAUUCUACUCGAGAUGCAAAUGAACUGGGCACCGAGGAAUUAUAUUGCUUUGUUUAGUCUCCAAGUUGAUAAGGAAAAUACCAAGAAAAAGUGGACGGGUAAAGCCGUCGCGAUCAAUAAUCUUGGUGUUCCUCACCUACUGUCUUAUACGCCUAUCUACAACUAUUCCUUAUUCUUGUCUGUGAAAAGUGGUCAAGCUCAAAACACCUGGGCUUUGGGUUCCUCGGCUAUGCGGAUAUCCGAGGACAGCUCUUCGUGGAUUAUCGACACGCAGCACUGGAUCCACGUCUAUGAAGCUGGGCUUAGAGUGGGCUACAAGAGACGGCCAUCCCAUGUUAAUGGAUUCACCUAUACACUCGACGGUGUAAUGAAGAGAAAUAAAAAGCUUCUCCUGAAAAUCAGUGGCCAUUUGAGCACGGAUGCCUUUGUUGUGACUGAUGGACACUUCAAUGCAAGUCUUCGUCACCCUCUUGUGUGUCAGGGCAAAUCUGGCAAGAUAAGUAUGUACUUGGACAAUGAUGGAUUUGAAAAGAGACUCGAGGGUGAAGUGCUCUGUGGUGACAAAUGGGUUUACAAAUUCAAGGAGAGCAUUGAUGUUGACAAGUACCACCAGUCUCUUCACCUACUCAGUGCUAACGGCUUUGAGUUUCGCAUAGAGUCGCCUUAUACUCUGCAAUUUGUUGAUGGGAAAAUCCGAGUAUCUGUGAACUCAAGUGUUUACAUUGGAACUGAACAUCGCUAUGAUGUGUACAGAAGUUUUGAUAUCUCCCAAAGUGAACUAGAUGAUUGGUCUUAUGUAAAGAGAAUUUCUGACGGUGCAACAGUAGCCACAACCGCACUGGUCCUAUCAAAUGCCCCCAAGUUCCGCUUGCAAGUGGAUCUGCCAACCAUAAGAGGAUUUUCGCUUGAUUCUGGCUUCGAAGUGGAAAGAGGUGGCAAGACUGCAAUUGACGCCAGAGGCUUAUUGAUAGUGGAUUCUUUGAAACGUGGCUUUGAAUUCUACAUUUCAAGUGGAUUAGGCCGAUUCUUUUCGAUCACCUUUAAGGGCUCUGUUCAUGGUCUGGUAGCCAAUAAAUCAACCACCGUAAAACUGAAUAUUCAAAGCGAUUUAAAAGAUCUUGAACAGGUAGAUCUAUUCGUUCGGACUCACCUGGAUGACGAAUUCAAGUUCAAGGUAAUAAAAAGCUGUGAGAAGGAUAGAUUCCUCUAUAAGACACAGGUUUCCUGGACUUUCACUGAUGAGAUAUUCAGAGUAGAGCAACAAGGUGAAUGGAACGAAAAUCGAGCAACGCCGCCAGGAAUGCCUUUCCGCUACGGCAUCAGCCGCACAAUGAACCCGCACACUAGAGGUGGUGAAAUUCAGAUUUACGCUGAGGAUACCAACAUGGGGAAAGCUUUUGGCUACGAGAUGCUUGAGGGUUUGUACAUGUACGAGAUGGAGGAUGCCAAAGGAGGUUCCCUUGAGCUGGAAGGUUCGCAGGCAACUCUGAAGGCGCAGAUAGACAAAUCUAAGAAAGGUGGAACCGUGGAGAUAUCAUGGGUACUGCCAGAUGACAAUCAAACCGUCAUUGCAGCCAAGGUGAAUUACGAAGUUUGUGCAAAUGGAUUCUUCACCAAUGCGAAUGCCUCCGUGGGAGAGACGCUGGUUCAUCAAGGGAAAUUUGAAGUUCAACGCAAGGCCGAUAUUUGGGAAGUAGAAUUAGAUGCCAGACUUCACGAUUUUGCCUUGGAACUCGAAUACAAAGGUGAGUUCAGUUCGACACCCUCCAUCGACAUGGAAAUUGAAGUCGUUAAGAAAAAAAAGAAAUUACUAAAAGCGGAGGUCGUCGCCACAAAGAAUAAGCAUCCACAUCUCCUUGUUUAUUUCGCACCGGCUCAUACCUUCAAAGGUUUGAAAUGUAUGCGGUUGAAGGUAUCAAGUCAGACUAUGCCACAGGAGAUGGCAAUCGCGAAAUUCGAUGUGAAAGGCUUUUUCAAAACUGAACCGAUUUUGGGCGAUUGUGAGUUUAGUGUGAAGACGGGUGAAGAUUUGCGAUUAAUUGAGACUAGACUUUCCAUCAAGGAGGCCAGUGGAUCACUGCACAAAGAGCGGAGCGUAUUCCGACUUUCUAAAGACGGUUCUGUACUAACCAUUAAUGUAGAUAUUGACUCCCCUUACUUACCAAACGGUCCUAUCAAAGUCUUCACUAUACACAACUGUUCUUUCGGCAGCGAGAUGAACUACGAUUAUGACUUUAAAUGCAGUAAACCAAACAACUACACUCUAGUGUUGAAGAACACGAAGGCAUCUAAGGGUAUUACCGACUAUCUUGUCGCUGGUUUUGAUCGCAUUUCAACUGGGACUACCUUGAUGGAAGUGCAUGUUGAUAGCAAACAUGCUCUUCUCCUCAAUUUCUCCCAUCAUGGUGAAUCUACUGGUGAAGUCAAGCUGACCCUUCUAAUGAACGAUAAAGUAGUGGGGAAAAUAGAAGGGGAUGGAAGUCUUGUCCGCAAUAAUGACGGCUUUACUCUUGAUUUGAAUGGAAAAAUAACCACUGGUAGUGAUUCUAUCGCCUCUAUGAUGUUCAAGAUUUCAAACACGCCCAGUCUGCGAGCUAUCGAUAUGGUGCUCAAAUCAUUGACUGAAUCGCUCGGUGAGCACGAGUUCAUUCUAAAAACUGAUGCAGGCUACCUUCUGAGUCUCCUGCCACACACAAAUAAGGAGGAAGGCUACUCUCAGCUAAAGACCUAUCUACUUCGACUUGAUGAUCACGCAGUGGGUUUUGAACUCGUCAAUCCAUUUUCCUCUAUGGUGACCUUCAGUCUGCCGAGUCUGCCUAUUCCUGUUGUUUUCCGGCUGGCUUACGAUCUGGGGAGGGAGAAGGCUUGGAGAACAGUGCUACAGGUCCACGAGCCGAUUCAAAUUGAGGUGAGAACUCUGCUUGGCUCUAAGGAGGAAGUCUACCUGGCUCUCUCUAACAAAGUCAACAUUAUUGAUACAGUGGAUGAUUUAAGGCUCACCAGUCUUGUUCAAGGUGAGAAGCUGAGCUUUGUCAAGAGUGGAUGCGCUGAUGAAAAGGAAGAUUGCAUAUCAAUUUUGCUAGGCGGUGAUGCUAGCAAGCUAGCUCAACUAAACCUAUUCUUUAGUAUGAUCUUACCAAAAUUCGGACGCAUAGAGUCCAUCAUUGUGGAGACGGAAUUCACAGAAAGGAUUCCACGGGCACUGUUUUUAACGUCAAAAGAUCGAGACAUCGGAUUCGGUGCUUGGGUGGAUCGCGAACAGGAUGCAGUCGUCACAGAAAUAGCAUGGAAUCGUCGACAAGGAAAUCUUUUAUUGGCAACAUUUGGCAAACAGUUCUUUGCUCUCGAAGAUCUUGAAAGACGCAUCGAUUUUGGGAAGGAGGGAAAAGUCUACUACAUACGAACCAAGAAUCUUCGAAGUGGAGCCGUCAUAAAGUAUCUUGAAGGCACUUUCGGAAAUGAUAAUAAAUUGGAGAUUAAUUCGUAUCUGUUAAAGGAACCUGUAACCCUUGCCUUCGUGAAGGAUUCAAAGCGGAAAGCCUUUAGAUUGCACCGAGGACGAGGAGAUGCGUUGUCGACACCAGUGGUAGAGUUGUUGAUUUUUAAAACACCACUGGACCAAUUUCGGACGCAAAUUAUCAUUACACUCAAUCGAAAUGGACGAUCAUUUGUGGUUGACGCAAUUCGUUAUGAAAGUGUCAUUCGAAAAACUAUAAAUUCCACCAUAAGCGUUGAUGGCAAGAAUGGACAAAUGUACUUCGAACGCAUCCCUGGUAAAAGAGUCUAUUUGAACUUCAACAACAACGUGAUCUUUGGGAUGUCACGUGCAUCGCAACCAAACGCAGCUGUGGGCAGCAUUGCACUGCAGUACAGAGAAGGAACAGUGCGAAUGGAGGCGGAGUUCCGCGCCUCAGCGAAUCCCAUGAAGCUUUUUGUCAGUGUGCAAACCGCUCAAGCAGAGGCUGUGUUGCAGGGCAAUGGGUCAAGCUUGCUGAAUAUUGCAGGAAACCUGCAGCACAUUUACAACGAGGGAGAAAUUGUGCUUGACACCGAGCUGUCUACAAAAUUGGACGAACAAAGCGGAGCAUACGAAUUGGAUGGUUACUGGAGGGCUGGAGCUCUAGUUGAGCUUCUGUUUGGUGGAGUGAAAAGCUUGACAGCCUCCAAAAUUCCAGUUUUCAUGGCAGAGUUGGAGGAAAAUCUGAUAAGUCUGGUGGUGGAAGAGGCCAGCGAACUGAAGGAUCUCCUCAAUCAGACGGCAUUGGAGGAGACAUGGCUAUCGACAGUGCAGUAUUUCAAGGACCUGAUAGUGUCUCUUGACGGUCCAUUGGUAAUCGGCCUCGGAAACGUUUCUAACGCUACUCUCGCGGAACGGAUUGAAACAAUACACAAUCAGAUCAUCAGCAAUUUUGAUCCUCGCAAGCUCUACAACCCUGAGAGGGUCACAAAAGUCCUUCAGUCCAUUGACACUUGGGCUCGGAAAUGCGCUAAAGGUGUCAAGAGGGUUGUCAGAUUGUGCUUUUGGAUUCAUCAAAAAACAAUGCAAAGUUUCGUAGCUGGAAUCAGCAAAAAGUUAAACGUCCUGAAAUCCGUCAUUAAGGAUGCCUGUAACACGCUCAACAAUGCCUGUGAUAAGCUUUCUCAGAAUAUAACCGAAGUCAAACAUUUGCGUGAUGGUGUGUCGACAUUCGUUUCGGAGGUGAAGGAAAGUGGUUCAAACGUACUUAAAUGUGGACAGAGAAUGAUGCGGCCCUUGCUUGAGUCCUUCAUCACAAGUUUCUACACCCCCUUCUCGCUAUAUGACAGUGUGGAUGUGAACACCUUCACGACAAAUCUGAGCAAAAUUACAGUGAAUUCCACAGCUUUCCUUCCGCUAUGGCUUCGAACUACCGCUGGCAUCGCGUCCGCAAGGUUUGCGGGCGUCCCUCUCACAGAGAAUGACCUAGAAAGGAGGCUAUCCGAACUCGCCGUAGUUGCAAGCCAACUCAGGGCAGCAAUGAGGACGGUGGCUUUGAUUAGCAAACAACUCCAGCAUCCUUCAAAAUACAAAUCCUGGCUCUUCCUUGAUACAGCGGGCAAAUCUCGCAUAAUUACCUUUGACAAACGCUUGAUAAGCUUUGAAGCGAAUGUAGAUGAAGUUCUGGUCCUGGUCUACGAUGUACUAAGGGAUGAAAUCGCUGUUACUGUUGAAUUUGGUGCAGACGGAGCGCAAUUUACGUACUACAAAAACCAUGCAAGCAUCACUGUAACUGAACAAGGAUCGAUAAAGAAGGAAGGCCGUGAGAGCGACUCAAACACUUUUGAAUUAGUUGGAGGGACUAACUUGACAGUGGAAAGAACUGCUAUCUCCUGGCAACUCCAUGAUGAAGUUCAGGAUAUUACUCUUACCUUCUACCGUCAGGAGCGAAUCCUCCUUCUUGAAGUAGGUCAUCGAUGGCACGGCUUCCUGGAGGGGGCACUGGGACUAUCGCAUCGCAAAGGGCACCCCGAUAUCAUGAUUUCGGACUGGCUGAAGUCAAAAGGACGUCAUAAAAAGUGGUUGAAAAAUCUGCGUGAUUAUUGUCAGGUAGCAGAAUUUAUCAUUAAACACGGUGUAAAGUCGCUGUGUUACAACUGA